AUGACUCCAUUGGUCCGGGAUCGACGACGCGUGGCACCGCCAGCGGUUCUGGAGACCUCGGAGACGCGCGGGCGAGGCAGAGGGGGCAGCGAAGGGGAUACGUGCAGGAGAGGAGGGGGAAGAACAAGAAGACGCCCCACUCUCAUCGACAACAUCCCGCGAGGGUCUCCAACCGAGAGCCAGGCGUCGUCGAACGAGUCAUGGCGGCAAGCUCUCUUUGGAGGCGGCAGGAGCUGCUCUCCGAGGAGCGGUGUUCACGAAGAGCAUGACGAGAUGGGCGGUGGUCCAAUUGUAGACGACGAGCAAGGGUUAGGCUUACACCUCGGGGAAGGGGCGUGCCAGGAGGAGCAGCAGGAGGAGGAGGAGGAGGCCGUGGAGGGCAUGAAUGUCAAGGAUCUCAAGGCGAAGGCCAUGGAGCUGGGCAUUCCCACAGGGGGCCGAAAAGGCCAGCUAAAGGCGCGCAUAAAACACAAACUUUCUGCCUCGAGGCCCUCCUCCGAAGAACCGCCCGCCGCUGCUACUGCAGCCCAGCCGGAAACACCACAACUCGGCGAAGAGGUUGCCCAAGCGCUGGCUGAUGGAGAGGCUUCUGCUGUUGAUGGGUCGGAGGAAAAUGCCAGUGCCAGUGCCGUUGUCGAAGACUCAGACACGUCGUCCGUUACGGUAAGCGCAAGCUGGGACGCGGGAACCGGUGGGCAAGAGGGCGAGGGAAGGAACGGCGGCGCCCGGCCGUCGAUUGAAAGUGGUGGCGGGGUGACGGACCAAAACGAAGCAGCUCGAGAGGGCAAGGGGACGACACCUGGGGAUGGCCCCGCUCCAAGCUUGGUCGCAGUUGCGGCCCCCCCGGCGGAAGAAGACGAGGUCCCCGCCUCCGGUGAUGAUGAUUCUGCGGGACCCCUGCCACCCGGCGUGGCGGCCGUUCGGCCGCCGGAGGAUGGGGGUGGUGCUCUGCACCCGCCGGUCGAGGCCGGAGGCGAUGAGGAGAUGGGUGAGCCGGCGGGUGGCGCGGCGGGCGUGCAGGCGGAGGAAGGCGGUACGUUGGAGCACGGGGGGGAGGGCGCCGCUGAUGCUCAAGGGGGUGUGGCGCGGGGGCAGCAAGAGGGGAUCGUCCGCGAGGAGAUGGUUGUCGAUUCCGUCCCUGCUGUCGUUGGUCCAACUCCAUCUCUAAGGGAGAGCCUCGGGAGUGCAGGAGCCGUGUCAACAGGGCCAGGUUCGGACGCAGAGGAAGAGAGCGGCGGUGGAAUUACGGCGGCAGCCGCGGCGGCGGUUGCAUCAGGGUCGACAGCGCCUGGCGAUGGCGGCGUUAAAUCGGCGGACAGCAGCGGGGGUGUCGUUGCGUUCGGCGGGCGUGCCGAGGCGCGCUUGUCGGCGUUGGAAAGCGACGACGGUGAGGAUGUCGUAGAACCCGAACCGGUGGAAGACGAUGAUGAAAUGACCGAGGGCUACGCUGUGGGUGAAGGGUUGGUCGAGGAAAGCGGCGGUGUUGAUGGUGCGGGAGAGGAGAGUGGCGUCCGGUACCGUGAGGUAGAGGGCGGCAGGGAGGUAGGAGGUGACCGGGACAGACUAGGGGGAAAAGAAGAGGAUGGGGGCAGCGGCGGGGAGGGAGGGGACGGGCAGCGGGGAGAGGAGGAAGAAGAGGCGGGGUUCGAUUCCGAGGAGGAAAGUCUCAUCUCUUCGGCGGCAGCAGGCGAGCCGGUGACGGCUGUUUCAUGUCCGGCAGAGACGGAGCAAGGUGGCGCGGCGGGGCAGAGCGGGGUCGAAGAAGGAGCGGGGGAUAGCGGGGAGGAGGAGGAGGAGGUUGUGCCGACAGCAGAGGAACUCACCGAGAAGUACCUGGAAGUGGAGCGUCUCUGGAGGCCGAUUCUAUUAAACCCCGGCCUGGCUGGCGGUGGCGGCGGUGGCACGAACACCCUGCUCCCGAAAGGGGAGCUGCUGCUAGAGACGGAGGCGUUCAAGGAGAAGGCGAGAGUGUUGGCGGCGUGGUUCCACCCGGAUGCCGACCCGGCCGACAGGCGAUGCUCCAAGAGCAGCGCGGCUUCGUCUGUCGAUCGGUCCAAGUCGGGGCGCGGGGUGGGUGGGAGCGCGGGGGGGGGCGGGCGGGGUGCGGGAGGGGCGACCGCCGCUGCUGCUCGGAAGGCCGCCGGUGUUGUUGGGGCCGGCGUGAAGGCUUCGACGACGACGCAAGGGUAUAGGUCCGCCGCCACCGGCACGCCUGCCAUGGCGCGCUCUCGCCGCGGUUCGACAGCGUCAACCUCCGGAGCUUCUUCCCGCCCAAGCGAGAGCAGCGGAGGGGGCUCGAAGGGGCGUCCGGGGAAAGCUCGCGGGAGCGGCCAGCGCUUGUCCGUCAGCCCCCCCCGCGCGAGGGUGUCCGCGGCGGCGGCGGCUAGAGCCGGCGCAAGCCGGCGCCCGUCGGGGGGCAAGGGGAUGCCGCCAGCGGCGAAGACAUCGUCUACCGCCGCCCCCCCUUCCUCGCUCCGUAAGCGUAACCCGUUGAUCCGGGCUUCGUUGUCGUCGCCUCGGCCUCCCAGAGCUUCGGUUUCGAGGCCCACGCCUGAGGAAGGGGUUGCGAAACGGCACGUGGCGACGAGGCGGAGCGGCGGGAGCGUUGCCGGUUCGGCGGCCGGACGCUUGAAAGGCGCGCCGUCAGGCGACACGGCGGUCACAAAAACGCCUGCCAGGAGCGAAAUGCUCCGUUCACGCAAGGCAUCUGUCGUGGGUGGUAACAGCGCAGGCAAGGUACCGGCAUCCAAGCACACGAGCCCCGGCUUCUUCUCCUCUUCGAAGGCGCGGAGGGGAAGUGUCGCGACGCAGGAGGGGAGCGCCACGUCCAUCAACAGCAACAGAGUUCAAGACAGCCGCCGUGCUGUUGGCAACCCUGGUUCCGUAGGAAAAGGAGGGGGCACGCCGACCGGAGAAGGGGGAAGAGGAGGAGGAGGGACCCCCGGGUCGGGGAGCCGCCCAGCGCUGCAAGUCUUCGGAUUCGACCCCGCUGUUUCGACUUCCCCCCGCGACGCGCGCGGCAUCCCAAACACCUCCUCGCCCGAGGGGGUGGGGGACACGCGGCUGCUGUCCCCGUACCACCACCCGGUGAUCAUGCGGAGCCUCGAGGAGGCGGCCUUGACGACGGGGAGAGGGGCUGCUGAUGUCCCCCCGGUUGCUUCGGUGCAAUAA